AUGACCUUCUACAACUACUACGGUGGCCUCGGCUGUGGCUAUGGUGGCCUUGGCUGUGGCUAUGGUGGCCUUGGCUAUGGCUACGGUGGCCUGGGAUGUGGCUACGGCUGCGGCUGCAGAUAUGCCUGUUACCGUCCCUGCUACUAUGGACGGUACUGGUCUUCUGCCUUCUUCUGA